AAUUACGCGAAACCUCACCCUUUGCUGCUUUUUUGCUUCCUUCCAUAACAUAAACUCCCGCCGCGAUGCAUCCCAUGCCAGAGCCCUCGAUGCAUCCCAUGCCACCGCCCGGGCAGAUUCCCGGGCCACCACCGCCCAGGCAAAUCCCCAGACCACUGCCGCCACGUUCACCCGGCUCUGACACCGGCAUCGACACCGACUUGAAAACUGCGCGGGAUUCCGAUUUCAACUUUUGGCUCGGCACCCGACCAGUGGCGGCGUGCGGGAAGGUGUGCGACCACCACCCCAACGUCGUGUUCCUGCGUGUGCUGCCGACCACGCUCAGCCGACUCUCCGGAUGUCUGUCCCGACUGCUCCCCGCGACGUGGAAAGAGCGCCUCGAGGCGCGGUGGCCCGAGUGGUUUCUACCCGACCACAUCAUUUUAAAGAGGGAAAAGCCCGAUUGGGUAGAAGAAUUCGACGACGAGGUGGCAAUGUACAAACUGCUGGCCCCCCUAGGUGGACUCGUCGUGCCCAAGCUCUACGGCCAGACCGAAUACCCGGGCACGGACGACGUCAGGAGGCGCGCGCUCGUCAUGUCGGACAUCGGCGGGGUCUCGCUAGACGAACCUAAGGUGGGCUCGCUUCCCCUCGAUCACGUCGAGGAGAUGCUGAAGAAGGCGUUCCGGUCCAUCCUCGACGCCGGAGUUAUACAUUGCGAUACGAAGCUGGACAACAUACACCUGGUGGACGACAGGAUCAUGCUUAUCGACUUUGACUCCUCGGAACCGAUAGGGGAUGUAGAUCCAGAGUACGCCACAUGUAUUGCCGUCAAUCGUGUUUUAAGGCAGUAUAUAAUGUGCCACGAUCUCUUCCCCGACGGCAUUCCCUGGGGCGUGCUCCCAAGUGAUCGACCAGAUUGGCCUAAACCUGUCCAACAAGCUCAGGAAACUGUGGAUUUAUCUCGACCCAGACCUUUUGGACUGGGUAAGGAAACUGCAAACCUAUCCAGGUGUAACGAUAACCACGCGGCUUUCAAACUUAUAUAGCCAGGCAGAUCCGGCCCUUCGGGCCUCUUUUUCCUAAAGAUAUCUUCUAAUGCAGCUACAAUCAUUUGAACCACCGUG